ACAGUAGAUCGUUACUUUUCGUUGAGUGUGUGUUGCAUCGAAGAGUCCGAUAAUAAUGGUCAAAUCUACUGUUUCGUUAAUAGUUAUAUGCAUAACUGCGUACAGUACUUUUGCGUCACCAGUGCCAAACAAAAAAGACAAACGUACCGAUUUUAAUGCUAACGUAUUGUAUGAUCAACGACAAGAAGGAGAAUGGAAUGUCAGAGCCCAUCUAGACAAUUUUUUGAUAAUGGUGAUCCCAACGCACACAAUAGCAGAAGCUGCAAACCCCACUCUCUUAGAUUUAUUAUUGUCAAAGUCUAUACCUAAAGGUAGCCAUUUGAAAAGAAUCAAGCAUGUUAAAAAACAGCAAGCUCCAGAUACAGCAUUAGAAACCCAACAUUUCAUAGAAUCAAAGACAGCUCCUUAUCACGUGGAUUUAACUAAACCUAGUGCAGAUGUUAAACCUACACCUACUGAAGAAGUAGUGGUAGCUAAUUCACCUAGUAUCAAAGUACUAAAGGCAGAUGCAACUAUAAUUCCUAGUCACACAAGGUCCGCCAGAAUAUCGAGGCAUUUUGUUUUCACUAUACCAACUGAGGAAGAAUACAUCGCAACUCGUAACGUAGAACCCAAAUCAGUGCUUAGAAAACACAAAAAAACAAUAAAAGAAAAGCCUAAAGCGGAAUUGAAAUUAUUGGGAGCAGAAAAUGAACAAUGUGGACCUGAUCUAGUUAGAGAUUCUUAUGGAAUUUGUACUGUUUUAAAACACUAGAUUAGAAUAUUGUAAAUAAUUUAUUAUUAUAUUUUUAUUUCUGAUUAAAAUCUUAACAAUG